GCAGAUACGAGGAGGGAAUAGUUCAACAGUGUUUACUGUGAGCAAGAAGAGAAAUAACCCAUGUGCAGAUCACAGUCCCAGAAUUCCAGCCCAAUGCACUACAAGCUGGAACAGGCCAUUGCAGCUAUGGCGUCUCGGGAGGCUUUGGAAACAUCCUUCUUCAGCCUGAGCGGUGUAAGAGAGCGGAUGCGGGAGAAGAAAAACGGCGCCUUGAAGACUGCGAAGCUGAAUGCCUCUCUUGCAUCAAAAAUCAAAACGAAAAUCAUCAACAACUCCUCCACUAUUAAAGUCUCCCUAAAACACAACAAUAAAGCACUGGCCCUGGCCCUCAAUGCGGAGAAAGCCAAUGCACAGCGGCUCACCCAGGAGAAGACCAUCUUACAGAAGGAGGUGGAGCAAUGCCACUUCCAGAACGCUGUGCUGCGACACAAGCUCUCCUUCCUGAAUAACAUCUUGAAAGAACUUGAAAACCUUAUGUCUGCAGUUAAGGUGGCCCGACUGUCUGAGUUCCGUACAAGUUCUGCAUCCUUGUCCAAUGGCCAGAAGAGCACCAUGAGUGAAGAUAGCUGGGCCUAUGAUAUUGCAGAUGGCCAGCUUGUGAGGGCUGCAGGGAUGCCAAUGAGGGUGCCUGUUUCUAAGCUUUGUGGUGCAGAACAGCAAGGUGGCAUCUCCACAGCAGUACAGACAGCCUCACUAGGUUUUCAGAGACCUGCUUCUAAUGAGCCAGUGGAAACUGUGCCUGUUGCCUCCAAAGACACUUUGCCACCACAGCCUGCUGUGAAGCCUCAGUCCCACCAGGAAGAGAAUGGGAAGAAGCCGACUGAAGCAAUGAAAGCACAAGAGGCUCUUCUUGACUCUGACAUCUUUGGAGCAGCAGCCUUGUGUGCAACCCAACAAAAUCCCAACAAUUUGCCAGAGCUUGCCUGGGAAAGUCAUCCCCUUUCAUAUGAGGACAAUGAGAUGGCAAAACAUUUCUUUGAUCGUCUCUCACAAGGGCAUAUUACUCAGAGGAGAAAGCGUUCUACGCUGUUUGCAACAAGCACUCCAUCUUCUGGUGUGGAUAUCUUGCCAUGUGUCAGUUCCACUCAAACUGAUCGGUGGAGUAUCACAAAGGACAGCAGCAGCUCCAGCAAGAGAAACACACAGCCACAGCUGAAAUCUCCCAGCUCUUUGAUUUCAUCUGCUCAAACCACUGUUAUUCCUGAUAGAAAAUGUUUGGGUAAAGACAUUUUCUGUGAUCAGCCGCAGGCUAAAGAAACUGUGUGUGGUGUUGAAACAGACUCCAGUUAUAGCCGAGUCCCUGAGUUUGUUCCUGUAAAGAUUAAAAGCAAAGGUAGUUGUAAAACUGGUGAGAAAACAACUGUUAAAAAAGCAAGCACAGGAAAAAAGAAAACAAUUGCAAUUAAAAACAAUGCAGAAAGUAGUCCUGAUCUACUUCAAGAUGAAGAGAGUGCUCCAAAUGCAAAGAAGCUUCUUAAGCCAGAAGUUGCAACAUGUUCUAGUGAGCCUGAAGUUUCUGAGAUGAGGCAGAAGGCUUGUGUGGGGGCUUUCAACAGGAAGAACACAGGCUCUGAUGUGGACCAACAUUCCUGCUCUCCUGAUGAAGUCCAAGAUCUCGGAAGAGCACAUGUGGUGAAUCCAGCAGAGCUGCACAGUCUUGGAAGUGGUGACUUACUGCAACAGGUUAAGAAGGAAGUUUUCUUUGCAAUCCAAAGCACGGAGAGCAUGUCAAAAAGCCCAGUUCGUACCUUCUCAAGUCACAAAAUUCCCUCAGAUGAUUCCAGUCUACAAAAUUCACUUUUGAGGAAAGAGACCUCAAAUGCCUGUGCUUUGCAAGAGGACUCAGGCAUGAACACUAAGAGCAUCAGACAGAAAAUCAACAGAAAGACUAGAGUAAUUAGGCAAAUAGAUGAUACUGAGGAGGAGAAUCUGCCAAGCAGUGUGAAAAUACCAGAGGCCAAAGCUGAAGAACAGCCCAAAAGAAGCCGGACAAACAGGAAGACGACUGUCAGGAAAAGCAAUUGUAGUGAUCAGAGAAAAGUUGUUGAUGUUUUUGGGCCAUGUAUAGAUGUUCAAGGUGUAGCUAAGGAGAGCGCAAAGGGUUCACCAAGUAAUUUUAAACACAGCAGGAAAACUUAUGUUAUCCGUCCUUUGGAUCUUGCAGGAAACAAGGAAUGUGUCCAGACAGAUUUUGAAGGGGGUGAAACUGUACCUCCCGGGCCUGUUCCUGGGAGCAAACCUUGCAAAAUACCCAGAGUUCAGAGGACAGUAGCUGCUCAGAGCAGUAAAAAACAGGCAGGAGCCCUUCAAGAAAAGGGGCAAGAUAAAGUUGACAACAUGAGUAUCUCAAAAAAAGAGGCUUAUCCCAAACCGAAGCGUCAGAGGAAGAGGAACACCUCUAGUCUUCCAGAGACUGAUUCCCUGGCCAGACAAAGUGAUGGUGCCAAGGCUCUCAUUGGAGGUUCAGCAGAACUUGCAUCCAAGCAACCUGUCCUGAGGGGGAAGUUUUCCUGCAUUACAGAUCUGCUCUCUGAGGCAGAUGCCUUCCUGGAGGAGCAGAUAGCUGAGAUAUCUCUUAGAAAUAAUCUUACGGACACUUCAUACAGUCUUGAAUCCUCCUCAGUGACUUGUUCUGCAGCUUUGCCUGUCAGCUCUAGGCUUACAGAUGUACCAGUUUCCAAGAGCUUAAGUACUGAGGGCAACAGAAUGCCAGAGAAAUCCUCUGUUUGGCUGGAAAGCUCCCUGAUACUGAAAGAAAAGACUGCAAUGGAAAUAUCUGGGGAAAGAAAAGAGGUUGAGUCAAGUUCUCGGAGCUCACCUUCACGGGAACCUGAGAUCAAGCCACUACAGGACUUGACCAAUAUGAGGACUGUGUCUUUCUCCAGCUUGGAAGAAGCGCCAACACGCUCAUCUAGGCGGAGACAGCAUCCAACUUGCUAUACAGAGCCGAAACUCAACAGCAAACUGAGGCGGGGUGACCCAUUUACGGACACAGAGUUCCUCCGUGUCUCUCCCCGCAAAAGGAAAACUGCCAAAGCCAAGGAAAUGACUAAGAUGAUCAAAGAAGAAAAAGAGUGGCUUGCUGAAGAACAUCCCAGUGCCGAGGCGGGCAAGCUAACAGCAAUGAGAAGAGACAUGGAGCCAGAAGUGAAAUACUGGUUGAACAGGCAGUCCCCAAGUUCUUAG